AUGUUCGCUGUGGUCUCAGGAGCGGCCGGAGCCUCCGUUUCCGCAAAGAAACUACUCUGCCUCUCCAUCGGAAGCCUGCUAGCCUCCUCGUUUUCCAUGGGCUUCGGCGAAUACGUGAGCCUGAGGGCCGAGACGGACUUCGUGAACUCGGAGAAGGCGAGAGAGGAACACGAAAUCGAGCACUGCCCAGAACUAGAAAAGCAGGAAAUGAUAGAUAUAUACAUGAACCGCUACAUGUUCUCGGGGUCGGACGCGAGGACCCUGGUGGACGUGUCCUUCCGAAAUAAGGACUACUUUCUGAGACACAUGAUGGUGGAGGAGCUGGGAAUCAUGUUAGAGGAUGACAGCACAACGCCUCUAAAGAAAAGCUUUAUCAUGGCACUUAGCUUCUUAUCCAUGGGCCUGUUCCCGCUGGGCGGAUACCUGGUGUUGGUAAUGUUCGGGAAUGAUGGGAGUGAAGGGAACAUUGCCACGUUCACGUUCACAACGAUGUUUACGUUGCUGGGAGCAGCAACCCUGGGAUUCUUUAAAGGAAAGUACCUGAAGCAAAACGGACUCAAAUCGGCACUCAGCAUGACCUUUAACUCAAUAGUUGUUGGUGUAACAUCGUAUGUUUUCGGGCUGGUCCUAUCACUUUUUUAA